AUGGAGCAAAAUGAGCUUCUUCAGCAGUUGGUUGAUCCUAGAUCACCGAUUAAUGUCGAGUGUUUGAUGGAUACCAUGUUGGCAGUCGUCGCAGAUUGCAAAAUUCCAGUGCUGAUGCGAAUGAAACCAAUUGACAAUUUCGUUAAUCGAUAUGACGAAGUGGCGCAGAAGCUUAUCAAGAUGCGGAUGAAAGUAUCGGAUUUCAAAUUGUUGAAAGUGAUCGGACGAGGCGCAUUCGGAGAAGUUCAUUUGAUAAAACGUGCCGACUCGGCGUUCUACUGGGAGGAACGAUACAUCAUGGCUCACGCUAAUAGUGAAUGGAUCGUAAAACUGGCAUACGCAUUCCAAGAUCAACGUCAUCUCUAUAUGGUGAUGGAUUACAUGCCAGGAGGAGAUCUCGUCAAUCUGAUGACGUCAUACGAAGUUUCAGAGAAAUGGACGAGAUUCUAUACGGCGGAGUUGGUGGAGGCUCUGGCCGUCUUACAUCAAAUGGGAUAUAUUCAUCGAGACGUGAAACCGGAUAAUAUGUUAAUUUCUCACAGUGGACACAUCAAACUAGCCGAUUUUGGAACUUGUGUGAAAAUGAAUGCGAAUGGAGUGGUUAGAUGCUCGACGGCAGUCGGCACUCCAGAUUACAUAUCUCCAGAAGUUUUGAGAAAUCAGGGACAAGAUUCAGAAUUCGGAAAAGAAGUCGACUGGUGGUCCGUCGGAGUGUUCAUCUAUGAAAUGCUCGUCGGUGAGACGCCGUUCUAUGCGGAGGCUCUUGUGUCAACAUAUACGAAUAUUAUGAAUCAUAAAACUAGUCUCAAAUUCCCCGAUGAGCCAUUGAUAUCGACACAGGCGAAGGAUAUCAUUAAGAAAUUCUUGUCAGCUGCGCCGGAACGACUCGGAAAGAAUAGUGUCGAUGAGAUUCGCAGUCACAAGUUCUUUCAGAAUGAUGAAUGGACUUUUGACACGUUGAGAGAUGCCACUCCUCCAAUCAUUCCAUCAUUGAAAUCCGACGACGAUACGACUCAUUUCGAGGAGAUUGAAACGAGAGACAGAGACAAUGCUGGGGAUUUUCAGUUGCCGAAGACAUUCAACGGAAAUCAACUUCCAUUCAUUGGAUUCACCUAUUCGAAUGAGUAUUCUCCAGUGAAAUGUCUCCUUCAGAAUAUGGGCGGAGCUUCGAAACUUGAGACAAUUCAAGAGGAAACGAUUGUAGAGAAACAGUCACUUCUCACAAAUGGAACUCAUAUCGUCAAGACUGGAAUUCCAGAUGAACAAUAUGAGGAAGUUGUGAUGGAAUUGGAUAUGAAGAAGAGAGAAAUGGAGAUGUUGAAGGAGAGCAUCGCUCGGAAUGAGAUUAGAGCAAAACUCAUUGAAACAGAGAAGAAUUCCCUGACCACAAAAAUCGCCGAACUCGAACGGGAGCUGCGUGAGAACAAGGACAAACUGCGUCACGGUGCGGAUUCAGAUGUGAAAGUGAACGAGUUGUCAGUGGAAUUACGAAUGUCGAAAGAGUAUAAUGUGGAGAUGGAGAACGAGUUGGCGAAAUUCCGUGAUAAAUGCGAACAGUUGAAAGAGGAUUUGAGGAAGAAAGCGGGCGAAUUGGCACAGGAAAAGAAUGAGACGCAGAGAGCGAUUCAGCAGAAGAAGAAUGUGGAUGAAGUGGUGGCUGAAUUGAAGAGAGAUUAUGAGUUGCUUCAGACGAGAGAGGCUGAGAAGGCGUCACUUUUGAAGAAGGCGUUGGAUGAGAGGAAGGAGAAUGGAGCAUAUCAACAGAGUGUUGCGAAGGCGACAGAUGCCGAAUGGGAGAGGAAAAUGCAGUAUUAUGAGAAGCAGUUGGAGCAGGCGUCUGAUGAUCGGAAGCGGGAGGAGCAGAAACGGACGGCGGCGGAGUUUGAUCAGAGUCGAGUGGCGAGAAAAUUGGCUGGAAUUGAGACGAAUUAUGAGUUACUGCAGAAUGAUUAUAAGGCGUUGAAAGAGGCGAAAAAGGAUUUGGAACGAGAUUUGGUGGAGGUGCAUGCGGAGAAACGGCGGCUGGAAAUCCGUGUGGAGCAACUUAUGGAUAGUCGGAAUACUGAUGAACGGGUGCUCUCGCUGUGUCAAGAUGAGUUGGUUGAGAGUCAGGAGGAAGCGAAAUAUAAGGAGGAUGGAUUGAGAGGGAAGUUGGAUGGAAUCAGAAAUGAGCUGGAGAAUGAGAGAAUGAAGGCGCAGACGUUAGAGGAGAACCUCCUUGUGGCGGAUAAAGAACGAGGAAUGUUGAAGAUGGAGGUGCAGGAACUCAUGCAUCGACAUAAAUGGGAGAUGUCGAAUAAGGAUCAGACGAUGAAGCAUAUUGAGAAUCAACUCGAGGAGCUCAAAGAGCAAUCGAGACUCGAGGCGACGGAGGAGGAGUCGAAUGAUAAGAAGACGAUUGCUGAUUUGAAUAAGAAGUUGGAAUUGGAGAGGGCGCAUAAGAAGGCGGUUAUAAAUAAGUUGGAGGAGGAGAUGGCGAAACGGCAACCGUUGAAAAAGGGUGAUAAGGGAGUCACGAAGUCGGCGUUGAUUAAGAAGGAGAGGGAGAUUAUGAGUCUCCAACAAGAGAAGGAUGUGAUGACGAAACGAAUCACCACUUUGUACAAUGAAAUCGAGAGACAAGCCGAACACUUCAACAUUCAAAUUCAAGAUAUGCAACAAAUGUGUGAAGCACUUCAAGACGAACUCAGAGAAUACAAAGAGGACUAUCCGAAUAGACAUUCGGUGAAUCGAUAUGAGGAUAAACGGUCACUUGAUUCGAGAGAAGGAAUUCCGACGUCGUUGAGUCAUCAGAGUAUUCAAUUGGAUGGAUGGUUAUCCCUUAGGGAUAUGACCAAGAAAUCCAGAAAGCCAAAGUGGACAAGUUUCUUUGUGAUUCUCAACGAGUACGCCUUCACAAUUCACUACGAUGAGAAACACUCGAGUAGCAUCGUUUUGACUAUCGAAGCCGGUGCGAUGGCUCAUGUUCGACACGUCACUGCCGCCGAUUUGAGAAAUGUUGAUGAUAAUCAAUUGCCGAAGAUCUUCCAUAUAAUGUACGACGACACGUCAUCAAACUCAUCUCGUCACGCCUCCAACUCGGACUUAUCAAUGAUUGAAUCACAACGUGAAGAGUCAUGGAAACGACACGAUUUCCAGGAGCUCUCCUACCAUACGAGAACUCAUUGCGAUGAUUGUGGAAAGAAGUUGUCGGAUUUCAUUCGGCCGACGCCCGCUUUCGAAUGCAAGAAUUGCCAUUUUAAGACGCAUAAGGAACACGUCGCUCAGGGAACCAUUCCAAUGUGUAGAUUCACCGGUCUGUCCCGCGAGCUGGUUCUAAUGGCUCCACAAGUUGACGUCUGUGUCAAAUGGGUCUCCCAAUUGCGUCGCUUUAUCGAUGCCUCCCGUCAACCGGCUGUCUCAGUCUCACGUGUCUCUUCACGUCGUCACGCCGGUGGUCCCGGUUCGUCGACGUCUUCUUCCAUUCAUCAGUGA